AUGAACCCUACCACAGUAUUACUUUUCAUCUGUGCCAUCGUUCUGACAUUUGUAGCCAGUUCACCUGUAGUCAACGGUCCACCCCAUAAAUUGGCUAUGGCGUCAAAGAAUAGUCUAGCUGAGGCCAUCUUACCGACUCGAGACAUGUGUUACAAAGACAAUUUCCCAUGUGAUAUACUGUGCUGGAAGACGUGCUUCCUGCAACGUAAGAAGUGUGAAGCCUUUGAAUGCAUUGGAGAUGAGUGCACUCUUCAUUGCAAGUGA